AUGACGCUCACAGAGGGAAAAGCAUACAGUAUCGAGCAGGUUGAAGCCGCAUUGUCGGAAAAGACAUCUAAUGGUGCAGAUCGCGGCCUCAACAGUUCAAAUCAGCCACUUUACAAUGACAAGGAAACAACUAGAGUGCUUCACAAGGUUGACUGGCGAUUGGUACCAGUGUUGACCUUGCUAUAUACAGUUUCUUUUCUCGACAAGGGUAACAUUGGGAAUGCCAAGGUUGCAGGCAUGACUCGUGAUCUUCACAUGACAGGCACGCAGUAUAAUAUUGCUCUAACGAUGUUCUUUUUCCCUUAUGCCGUAUUUGAGAUACCUAGCAACAUAGUUCUGAAGCUUAUGCGGCCAUCCCUGUGGCUGACUAUUCUUGUCAUUGCGUGGGGCAUCGUCAUGACCUGCCAAGGAACCGUGCAAAACUACCAUGGUCUACUCGUCACUCGCAUCCUCCUCGGCUUCUUUGAGGCUGGUUUCUUUCCUGCCAGCACUUACUUGCUCGGCGAUUGGUACUGCCGCUUCGAACUUCAAUGGCGUCUGUCUGUUUUCUUUUCCGCGUCAUCUAUGGCUGGAGCCUUCUCUGGGCUUUUGGCUUUCGCAAUCGAGAAGAUGGAUGGUAUCGGGAAACUCGCAGGCUGGCGGUGGAUUUAUAUCUUGGAAGGAAUUGCGACUGUUUUGAUCGGAUGCGUGAUUCCUUGGAUCUUGCCAGACUCGCCUGAACGGGCAUCAUUUUUGACCUCGCAGGAGAAAGAAUUUAUCAGAAAUCGCCUAGAGCAGGAUUCUGGUACGUCAUCCGGGAGAGUUCAAACAGCGGACCCGCUUAAGUGGGCAUAUGUCUGGGCAGCUGUUCUGGACUGGAAGAUCUGGUUUACAGUUUUCAUCUACUGGGGUAACACGUGA